CCUCCCCUCCUCUCCCCUCGCCUCGCCGCUGUCGCUCCCGGCGAGCGGGUCUAGUUCGCAAGCGGCCGCGGUGGCGGAGGAGGCGCCGGGCGGGUGGGGCUGAAGGUUUUGGAACAGAUGUUGGAAGAUGUUAGCUGUGGAUACUGGGGUUGUGGAGGAGUGGCUAUCAGAGUUCAAGACACUGCCAGAAGCAUCCAUAUCCAGCUAUGCUGCAAACUUGAAAGACAAGAGUACUUUGAUUUCAUCUCUUUACAAAGUAAUUCAGAACCCACAGAGUGAACUUCUGGAGCCAGUUUGUCAUCAGCUCUUUGAGUUCUAUCGCAGUGGUGAGGAACAACUGCUACGCUUUACGCUGCAGUUUCUGCCAGAAUUGAUGUGGUGCUACCUUGCCGUCUCAGCCAGCAGAGAUUUGCAGAGCAGUGGAUGCAUAGAGGCUCUUCUCCUAGGAAUUUAUAACUUGGAGAUAGUUGACAAAGAGGGACAUAGCAAAGAGCUGAGUUUCACAAUUCCGUCUUUGUCCAAACCUUCAGUCUAUCAUGAACCUUCCAGCAUUGGCUCCAUGGCUCUCACUGAAGGAGCUUUAUCACAGCAUGGUUUGUCCAGGGUUGUAUACAGUGGACCUCAUCCUCAGAGGGAGAUGUUAACAGCUCAGAACAGGUUUGAAGUGCUGACUUUUCUUCUGCUCUGUUAUAAUGCUGCCUUAAGCUACAUGCCUGCAGUUUCUCUUCAGUCAUUGUGUCAGAUUUGUUCAAGAAUUUGUGUCUGUGGAUAUCCUCGCCAAAAAGUGAGAAAGUACAACGGAGUCAACAGUAGGAUUCCAGUUUCAUCUGAAUUCAUGGUGCAAAUGCUAACAGGGAUUUAUUAUGCCUUUUAUAACGGAGAAUGGGAUCUGGCUCGUAAAGCUAUGGAUGACAUUUUGUAUAGAGCACAGCUGGAACUUUAUCCAGAACCUCUGCUGGUUGCUAAUGCAAUAAAAGCUUCACUGCCUCAGGGCUCCAUGAAAUCUAGUAAAGAAGGUACGAGAUGCAUUCAGGUUGAAAUUACACCUACUUCAUCCAGAAUAUCAAGAAAUGCUGUGACUAGCAUGUCUAUCCGAGGGCAUAGAUGGAAAAGGCAUGGUAAUACCGAUCUAGCAAAUCAAGAAGAUCUGAUAGAAGUAUCUGAAACUGAUGAAGGGUUUUACUCCAGGGCUACUUCUAAUACAAGUCAGUCUGCCCUCUCUAGCAGCAGCAACACGAGCAGUAAGAACCUUUUAGGGAAGAGCCAGCGAAGGUCUGGAGGAAGCAAGACUGGAGGAAAAGAAAAAGAAGGAGAAACCUGCAGAGAACACUUGUCAAGAAAACAAACUCAGAGAGCUAUGAGUGAGAAUCUAGAGCUUGUCUCUCUGAAGAGACUGACACUGACAACUAGCCAGUCCCUGCCUAAACCUGGUAGCCAUAGUCUGGCCAGAACAACCACUACUGUGUUUAGUAAAUCCUUUGAACAGGUCAGUGGUGUCUCAGUUCCAAAUAAUCGUGGUGGUGUGGCUGGUACAGAGGCAAACAGGUUUUCAGCUUGUAGUCUUCAGGAAGAAAAACUGAUAUAUGGAACAGAGAGAGCAGAUCUUCCAGUUUUAAGUAAACAACCUAAUCAGCAACGACCUCCUAGUAUUAGCAUAACUUUGUCAACAGAUUGAUGCUAUAAAAUUGGCAAAUAUGAAAAAUAAAAUUUGGAGGGUUGGUACAUGGGCACAUUAAGCUCCUUAAUGUGCUAUACAUUACUUUCUUAAACCUCAAGCCCAUAAAGUCUCACAUUUGACAGAAGUAGUGGAUAGACAACAGUUAGUUAUUUUGCAGUAGCUCCUUGUAGCUUGGGAAGUCACUCUUUGACUUACUCUAUUUAUACUCCUAUUUGCAGAUGCCUUCAUAUGAAGUUCAUGGCUUUCACCAAGAUAACAAACAUUGAUCGUUGUCUAGCAACUGACCAAGUCGUGUAGCUUUUUACAAAUACACAGUAUGGGAAAAAAUAGUCUCUUUUUCAGAUUCUACUUUUCACUACCACUUGGCAUAGGCAAAACUGCAAGUACUUCUUUUAUGUAAGAGGAGUCUCAGUAUGGGCAUGAAAUUUUGGAACAGCAUUGUAAGGACAUAAGCACUCUGGUGUCUUAGCCAUGGCAAAGCUGUGAUUACACAUAGGGUUAAAACUAGAGGCAUCAGUUCAGGAUUUGAUAAGGCAUUUUUGUAAUGGUAGUACAUGUUGCAGUCUUAGUUCUGUAUGCUGAAUGAGUCUGAAUUAUGGAUGCAUUUUGUUUUUUGUAUAUGCCUUUGAAAUUGGGCCAAAAGCCAUAUAGCAACAGUACCUGUGGAUGGGAGCUGGUAUCACUAUAUGUCACUCUUUAGACUUCAAAAAUAUGUGACAGACUUUCUUUCAGAUUCUCAAAUAUCAGGCACAAAGCUAUUAAUUGAAAUGUCACUGUCAUUGCUAUUUUUAUUAUUUUGGGGGAAGAGAUGUGCUUAUGUAACAAUGCUACAUAGGAAAUAAGGUAUGAGCCCUUUGCACUGAAUCAAACAAAUCAGGAAGUGUGAAUAUGUUUAACACAAACUUCUUACUUGAGACUAUGAGACUACUACCAAAGGAUGUGUACUUUUGGUAACAUGCAAGCACAAAGGAGAAUAAUAAUGUAAAUAUAACUAGCACUGUAAUUGCUAGGUUUUUGUAUCUAGUAUUUUUCUAGUUUGAAAUUCUAAAACAGCCUGUGGAAGGUUACCUAACCUCCAUUGGUGACCUUGUGUGAUACCAACUUUUAUAAUGUUAAGAUUUUAAUUAAAAAUGGACAUUAAAACUGCUUAUGCAGAAAUUUGGAGAAGCAGUAGGUGACAAAGCACUCCAGCAGCUGUGUGUAGCUGAUAAACAGAUAAUGUUAUUAUGAGUUGAGAAACAGGAUGAAGAUAUAAGUCAUUGUCCUUUCCAGCUGUCCAGAUUUCUGCAGCUAGCAACCCCUGAAUUUCAAGAACCUGGUAACAGAACAAACAAAAAUUCUGGUAGACUUCCCUGUUUGCCUGGAGAUUAGUUUAGAUAGCUCUUUUUGACUUCAGACUGAAGCACAAGUAACUUUUUAGCAGCUAAUGUUAUUCAGGUUUAUAGUAAUUAAUAAGAUAAUUAAUAAAAAGAAAUGAGGAGACAUAGUUGUUAAAGACAGGUAAUUCUGGGACUGCAGACUAGAUGUGUACUGUUCUGAAUGUUCACCAAAGUAUCUGAAAUAGCUGCAGCAGUCUGCACACAUUUGUCUUCACCUCAGAGCUUGAGUUUAAAAUAAGUAAGCCACUUUCUCAUGUUUUUCAGUUUGUGUGACAUGCCUGUUCUAGUAAUACCACCUUUUAGAGUAGUGUUGUCUUAGUUGUACAUAAAAACUUAACAUUCCUAAUGUAUAAGGUACAAGAUAGUCUUGUUAAGUGUUUAAUACUUCAACCAGUGAAAUAAACUGGUUCUUUGAAGUUGUAUGGCUUUGUAAAUACUUUGUACAGUCAAAAAUUUUGCCUCUUUUUUUACCAAUUUUUCUGCAAUAUCCAUAGCCCAUUUUUUCAGAGCAAUGCACGUGCAGCCACAGGGUUAGGCAGUUGGUAGCAGACAUUGUCUAGCACUGCACAUACUGAAUGCAGAGCUCUUCCUUUCCUUGAAGUUUGCUCUUUUACAAAGAAGUAAACCACAGAACUUAGAGCUGCCUCCUGAUCUGCUCUUGCACUGCAGCAUUUGAAAAUAUUUGGAAACACUUUACAGUAAUUUCAAUGGAAAUGUGAAGUAGAAUAGAAAAAUAAAAUUGCAAUUGACCAAUGUUUGUGGUGACAGAAUUAACUGUGAGUUAGUGAUAAGGGACUAGAAUUUUACGGUAAUUAUACUGCUUCUGAUUUGUUUCAUUUAGAUCAUGAUUGUUAUCUCCACAGCAAGCACUCUUUCAAGGUGGGUGUUGGUAUAAAAGAUGUUCAUUAUACUGGGAAGAUUUAGUCACUUUUUAUGCUAUAAAUAGCUAGAAUUUUGAAAGAACUAAAAUGUAGAUAUGUAACAUAAUGUUUACAAUACUGUUGGCUCCAAGUCAAACAGUAUUAAGCAAAGUUAGUUUAUCCUUUUAUUUUAUCCAACUAAUUAUUCUAACUGGUCUGGCUUGAGCCCGAGACAUUGGCUUACAUUGGUAUCACUGAAAUUACAUAAAGCUUCAUAUUUUUUGAAAAAAUUAUAAAAAGGGAAAGGUUCUUGGUAUGGAAGGCUACUGCUCAUAUACAUAUGUGGCUUCAAUCUGUGUAUUGGUCUCUGGAGCAACUUCAACAAUGAGUGUGCUUUUGUGAAUUGAUGUCACACCUUGAUACUGAUUGAAUCUAGAGAACUUCUUCUCUGAUUUCAGUAAUAAAACCUUCAGUUGUGUUUAUUUCUAUUAAAAAUGGAAAAGAAAAAAAGGAUGGGGGAGAGGGAGGGCAGAAUAAUUUGUUGUCCAGGUAUCCAUGAUACAGGACUGGAGGGUAAGGGGAAGUAGGGCAGGAAGGAAAUAGAUUCUUUUAACAGUAUUUUUAAAAUUGUCAGGCUCUUGGGCUUUGAUCGCUUUAGACUGAUGAAUUAAAAAUGGGUAUUAAAGUAGUGGUCUGCUGACAGUGCAAGGAAAACCUGUUAAAACAUCCCAUAUUGUAGUCUACUCUUGAGUGGGUAGUUCUGAUGAAUACACUCCAGACAUCAUACGUGGCUGCAACAUUCUGCAGAGAAAAUGUUAUGGAGGAGUGAAUCAUCACAAAUUAUAAGAGAAGCUGUUCUAAUGCUGACAUUUAUAACUGACCUUGCUGUUUAAAUCAAGGGAUGCUAUCUCAAAUGAUGGCUUUGAACACCAGUGUUUGCAAAAUUGUUAAAAAGGGGAAGAAUUAUUUUUAUGAGAAACUGUAACACUUGUGCAAAAAGUGUAUGGUCUCUGUCCACUUCCUGUAGGGUUGCAAUUAUUUUUCUGAAGGGAGUGAAAUCUCCCUGAACCUGCCUUGAAUGCCUGAUGGAUUUGGCAGGUACUGAAAUGUAUAGCUGUUUUAGCCACACUUCUCUCUAAGGAGCCGUCUGCUGAUUUCUAUGAGGUUUCUAGAAAAUUCUAAUUUAAUUAUGUCUGAUAUAUUUUGUCAGUGUUUGAGGCUUACAGUGCAAUUUAUAGGUGUGUGAUAUAUUGCCUUUUGUAUAAUACCUUUAAGACUAGAUGUGUACAUUUCUUAAUACCAAAGUGUGUUGAGUAGCUGUAUCAGUCUAUAGAUGUCUCUCUUCACCUGAGAACCUGAGUUUAAAUGAAUGUGCCACACUUUCUUUAGUUCAUUGUGUGACACUGUCCUGUGUUACAGUAAUGCAGUAUUUCACCUUUUUUUUAAGUUGUGUUCUCUUGAUUGUACAUUAAAAUUUAACAUUUGUAAUGUAUAAACUACAGGAUUGUCUUGUUUAGUGUUUAAUAAUUUGGGCAGUAAAAUAAAAAUCUUCUUUUUU